CACACGCAACACAAUUCAAAGCACCGCUGGGGUUGCUCCCGGGUUCUAGAGCUGCAGCCAUGGUGGUGAUAGUGGUGGUGGUGGCAAUGCCGAUACUGUCACCAACAACUAACUCACAAACUCACCGUUGUGAGAUUAAUUCCUCCUCAACGAUCCACUGUUCUCCGACACUCAUGACUCCCCAAACUAAGGAAGAGCCCCAAAAUCGUCAUCGACCCAUAGGUAAGACCACCGUACCAAUGUAAUAUUAGCCCAAUGCUACCACGAAUGCUUGAUUGUUUUAGAUAUGAGAGAGGAUUUCAUGAGAUUGACGUGAAAUGAGUUGCACUGAAUGUUGACGGGUCCAAUGUGUUCGAAAUCUUUGUUUGCAAUUCAAGUCAAUGGCUCUCGCAGACUAGUCCCACGCCAAAAGCUUGGGAAUGUGGAUGAACCACUUUUCUCAUUCGUCCCAUCGGCAUUUUCAUGCUACUUGUUGAUCGUUGAUCCUUUGGGGAAGCUCGAUCAUCGGCCAUUUUUCGGGAAAUUUUAUACUCACUCCCAACCCCUCUGGAUAAAUUUGGUCCAUCAUGAGCCCCUCAAAGAAUUCGGUUAGGGAUCUGAGAUUUUUGAGAGCUUUUUUCAUGACUAUAGAAUGAUUUGACCGCCACAGCAUUUCGAGAGUUUGCAGGUGCAUGUUGUAUGCAUUGUGCGACAGUAUCGGAGAGUUAGGGGUAGCAUCUGGAGCCCAUCUGAUUGCACACAAGCAAUGACGAAAACUAAGACAGCUACCAAGUUCAAACUAAAAUACCGUGCGGUGGAUCAUCCGCCACAUCGCAUUGCUGAAGAGAAUCCAUCUGUUAGUGUUAGCGAAGUCAAGGAAUUGUGUGUGGCCGGUAAAAAAGGGAAAAAGAAACUUAAAAGGCAAGCUGCAAAUCUGGAAAAGCAGGCAAGGGCAGGAGUUCCUGCUGAGUUGAAACGAGUUCCGGUCGCAGUCAAGGAGAUGUGUUGUUCAGAGGUUGAAUGUGAACGCGUGCAAGAUCUGGCUGAAUCGAAGUCAAGGCGAAAGAGAAAACGGGGCAAACCCCCUAACAAAGACUCUUUACCAAAUGGAAAAGGUGCUCAAGUGGACAUCGAACAUAGAGGUGAUGAGGACGAAGGCCAGGAAAACCAAUACGGUCUACAAAGGGGUUCCCACAGCUAUGGCAUUCAACCAUUAGGGAACCUUCUUCUAAGUACUCAGGGCUGCAAUGUGAGGGACACUGGUUUGGGAACAUUGCAAGUGCUGAGUGAUGAAAUAAUUUGUGAUAUUUUGGGCAACUUGGAUGGGCGGGAUUUAGCUCGUCUAGCUCUUGUCAGCAGAGCUUUCUAUGUGUUCGCACACCAGGAUUCAUUAUGGCGGAACUUGGUGUUGGAUAGUUAUAAAGGAGAACUGGCAUUUAAAGGAUGUUGGAAGACAACAUAUUUGGCAUCUCAUGCGCUAAAUGUCGGAAAGCUUCACCUCCCCUUGAAGGUUAAGGAUUUUUACUCGGACUAUCUUUUCCAGAGCUGGCUGUGUGCUAACCUAGAGAUUAAGCCCGAGUGGUUAAGUGCCGACAACAUUGAGAGGCGUGAGAAUUUGUCCGUGGAAGACUUUAUUAGAGACUUUGAGGAACAGAACAAGCCCGUCCUCCUUCGUGGUGUUAUGGAAUCCUGGCCAGCACUUAAAAAGUGGGACCGUGAGUAUCUUUUGAAGCACGCUGGAGAUGUUGAUUUUGCUGCUGGUCCCAUCCACCUGAAGCUCAGUGAUUACUACAAGUACGCAGAUCUUGUGGAAGAGGAGCGUCCUCUAUACAUAUUUGACUCCAAAUUUGCUGAGAAAGUUCCACAGCUAGCUGCAGACUACGACGUUCCAAUAUACUUCAGAGAGGAUCUGUUUCGCAUUCUUGGUGAGGAGAGGCCAGAUUAUCGGUGGCUGAUUGCAGGUCCUGCGAGGUCUGGCUCCUCAUUUCACAUCGACCCCAACAGUACUUCCGCAUGGAAUGCUGUUGUACGUGGUGCAAAAAAAUGGGUAAUGUAUCCGCCUGAGGUUGUGCCUCCAGGUGUGUUUCCAAGUCCUGAUGGAGCUGACGUGGCUACCCCAGUUUCCAUCACAGAGUGGUUCAUGAACUUUUAUGGCGAGACCAAGAAGCGGGCCGAAAGGCCAAUUGAGUGUAUAUGUCGAGAAGGGGAAGUUGUGUUUGUGCCACGUGGAUGGUGGCACAUUGUGAUUAAUCUGGAGGAAUCCAUUGCGAUCACCCAAAAUUUUGUAAGCAGGAGCAACAUCUUAAAUGUGCUGGAAUUUCUGAGCAGGCCAAAUUCUCAGCAUUUGGUUUCAGGAACAAAAGACCGAGUUAAUUUGUACGAGAAGUUCCGAUCCAGAUACGAGUCUUUGUACCCUGGGUCAGUAGAGGCUAUAAAGGAGAAGACCGAAGCACGAGAGGCCGCCCACCGUAGGGCUAAGGUCUCAAUAUGGGACAAUGCUGCUGAUUCAAUGACUGGAGGAUUCAAAUUUGGCUUCUGAAUCCACCUUUCUAUGCUUCGCUCACUUCUUACGUUGUUGUCUAUUUUUCCAAUGAAAAAUAGUGCACUUGGUGUACUGGAUGUUCAUUUUUUUCGUUGCACGUCAGGUUCAUUAGUUAGGGCUGCUGCACUGAUUAAAGUUCAAUAUAAACCUUCUCUUUGCGACUGGUUACAGUUUUAAGCAUCGAAUUGACAUGUAGAGAUAAGAUAGUCACCGUUUAGAGCUUUGUCAGCUCUAGAUCAUGUGAAAACAUUCUGUCGUGUACACCCAAUUCUGUUCGCUUUGCUCAUUACGAUUUACUUUUUCCUUUUGCA